AGGACCCGGGCGCCGAAGGUCCAGCCUUUCCUGCCAACGUGGCUGGCCCAGCCAAGCUGUGUCAGGAAGAACGUUACUGAAGACCUGGUGCCUAUUGAGGACAUCCCUGAAGUCCACCCUGACCUGCAGAAGAAGCUGCGGGCACAUGGCAUCUCAUGCUACUUCCCAGUCCAGGCAGCGGUCAUUCCCACUCUCCUAGAGAGCACAACCAACGGGUUUCUCACGGGCAGAGGCGGCUACCAGCCCAGGGACCUGUGUGUUUCUGCCCCAACAGGCAGUGGAAAGACACUGGCCUUUGUCAUCCCUGUGGUGCAGGCCCUGCUGCAGCGAGCUGUGUGCCAGGUCCGUGCCCUGGUUGUGUUGCCCACCAAGGAGCUGGCCCAGCAGGUAAGCAAAGUGUUUAACGUCUACAUAGAUGCCACUCCUCUGCGUGUCGCCCUGGUCACUGGGCAGAAGCCACUGGCCAAAGAGCAGGAGAGCCUCAUCCAGAAGACAGCAGAUGGCUUCCGCUGCCUGGCCGACAUCGUGGUGGCCACUCCGGGCCGCCUAGUGGACCACAUCGACCAAACCCCGGGGUUCAGCCUGCAGCACCUCCGCUUCCUGGUCAUCGAUGAGGCCGACCGGAUGAUAGACAGCAUGCACCAGUCCUGGCUCCCUCGGGUGGUGGCAGCAGCCUUCCCUAGUGAGGGUGCUAAGGACCCCUUUGCUCUGCUCCAGAGAAGGCAGCCCCAGGUCAUCACUGCUGCCAGCAUCUGCUGUCCCCAGAUGCCACUACAGAAGCUGCUCUUCUCGGCCACCCUGACCCAGAACCCAGAGAAGCUGCAGCAGCUGGGCCUGUACCAGCCCCGGCUCUUCUCCACACGGCCAGCUGGUGGGGGCCCCAGGGAUGCUGACAUGGACACGGAGGUGGACUUGGGUGGGAAGUACACCUUCCCUGAAGGGCUCUCGCACCACUAUGUGCCCUGCAGCCUGCGCUCCAAGCCGCUGGUUGUCUUGCACCUGGUCUUGCACAUGAGCUUUUCCAGGGUCCUCUGCUUCACCAACUCCCGGGAGAACUCCCACAGGCUCUUCCUGCUAGUCCAGGCUUUUGGGGGUGUGACGGUGGCUGAGUUCUCCUCCCGCUAUGGGCCUGGCCGGAGGAAGAUGAUCUUGAAGCAGUUUGAACAGGGAAAGAUUCAGCUCCUCAUCAGCACUGAUGCCACCGCCCGCGGCAUAGACGUGCAUGGUGUGCAGCUGGUGGUCAACUACGAUGCCCCCCAGUACCUGCGGACCUAUGUGCACCGGGUUGGAAGAACUGCUCGUGCUGGAAAAACCGGACAGGCCUUCACGCUACUUCUGAAAGUGCAGGAAAAAAGGUUCCUCCAGAUGCUGACUGAAGCUGGGGUGCCUGAGCUGGAGCGGCACAACACCCCCAGCGAGCUCCUGCAGCCGCUGGUCCCGCGGUAUGAGGCGGCCCUGGCCCAGCUAGAGAGGGCUGUCAAGGAAGAAUGGAGGCAGAAGGCAGCCUAGGCAGGGCCUCCAAGGGCAGACGGGACGGAGCUUGGGGCUUACGGGCCUUCCUGCCAUGGCAAGCUGUGUGCACCCUCCUCCGGGGGUAGCACCCGCCUGGACACAGCCCCUAGUGAGCUGCCUGACAUCUGUGUGGUGCUUCUGCAGGACCCUCUCUGCUACCACCAGGCUGCUUCCCUUAGCUGGGCUGGAACCCGACGGUGGGGCUGCAUCUAGACUCUGGCUGUGGGUGGAGCCUUCCGGGAACCCAAGGCCUGUGGGGAGGGGGUGAUGACCUGCUGCUGUGUUACUUUCUCUGGGGCUGCGGGAACCUGGAUUGUGAGGGGACCCAACAGGUGGCUCUGACAGGACUCGACACCCUGCUUUCACUUGUCUGAGGGAAGGCUUUGCUCUGAUUUCUUGAACGUUCCCACUCUGGAAUGGAAUUCUGGCUUUGCCUUUGAACCAAAAGGCUGAUUAAAGGGAUUUUCCCCAGACUGAGGGAAAAAACACCUGAA